AUGCAGAGGGAUGUGAAAGACACCAGAGAUGAGAUUGAGAGACUUCCGAGUUAUCUACACAUGGCGGGUGGCGAUGAUGUGGCCACCGCGCAGUCCCCAGAAUGCGGCGACCUUUCGCAACUCUGGUCUGAGCCGCACGCCGACGACAACAGAUCAUCCGUCGGUAUCAGAUGCGUUUUUCUCCCCGCCACCACUGCCUGUUUCUUGCAAAUUGAUUUUUAUGACAUAGGCAAACAAAAGCGCUUCAUUCACGCGCCUAUGUAUCCCCCACACAUUGAGAUCCAAGGGAACUGGGUGGAGGAACAGGAGGCUCCCGUCUUGGUUGAUGUGGCAGGAGAAGGAAUGAUCCGGAGUGCAUUGCAGAACGAGGGCGCGGCAAAGUGCCCAGUUUUUCCGGGUCCUAUUCCAAGCCAAUCAAAUAUGGCUGUUCCUGUUAAACUCACAGCCCGCCUGCUCUUUCGUCCGCUGCGACUGGACGGCACGGCACCGCGGAAAGUCGACGUGCACCAACAGGAGCAGGAGCAGCGCAGCAGAAUGAGCAGCCGCGCUCUUGCAUCUCCGAAAGAAAAAAGAGGCGGCAACAGCCCAGCCGGAGCCUCAGCUCCCCAUGCUAAUAUCCCGUCCACCCCAAUUCAACUCACUCACACGAACCCUUCCCCGAGUCUCCAAAUCCAUUCAUUCCUCCACAGGUAUUCCCGACACAACCCACGCGCGAAGCCCACGCAGACUCCGCCCCGUGAGAACAACAUAUUCGUGCCCCCCUCCACACUCCUCCCAAGAGAGUACGACAACGGCGCCGCGCGCAGUCGGGGGCUGUGGCUUCUUCCGCUGAUGAUGAAAAUACCGACACGCUCGGGAACCUACUCGUGA